UCAGCGCUUUCGCCUUGUUUUCGUUGCUUUUCUUUUGGACGGUUCUUCUGUCUUCCACAUUUUUUCUUGUAUAAAAUGUCUCCAUCUCUUAUAAGAUUCUGCGUUCCUUCCACGCAAAGAUAACUCACUCAAUCUUAAGCGUCUGAUCAUCAUCACCGACUCCCUCUUGUCUUCCACUAGUUUUCAUGAAAACUAUUCCGCGUUUUCUUCUCCGAAAUUUCCAGACACAAAUCAUACCCACCUGCUUUCCUGUUUCCAAAUGAUUCCGCGUUUCUCCCAUUCCCACGAAGUUUCUUCAAUGCAAAUAACUCCCAGUCAAUCUAACAAAUUCAAUCACUUCUGAUCUCCAUCACUUACAACUCCCUUUCGUAUAUAACUACCCGGCGCUUCAACUUUCCAAACACCAAGCUUGCUUUAGUGCUUUUUGCCUUCAUCGCAUUCACUUCCAUCUAAUUCUAUGGCGUCUACCUCUACAGACAGUCGUAAACGAAAUAACGAGGAUGAUAAUGACGGUGAGAGAUCCUCGCCUAAGAGAGUGCGUGAUGCUGCUUUUGAUGAAAUCGCACCGUCUCCAUCUACUUCUGCCUCAACACUCACGCAAAAACCGUGCUACGAUGUGUUCAUCAAUCAUCGUGGACCAGAUGUCAAAGACAAGCUAGCUAGCAAGAUCUAUGAUGUCCUGAAGGAGAACAAUGUGACAGCUUUUUUAGAUUCGAAGGAGCUGGAAUAUGGUGAUUUCUUGCCUACAACAUUAGAAGCAACGAUGCGUAGUGCUUUGAUUCAUAUAGCAAUUUUUUCUGAGAACUAUGCAGCAUCACCUUGGUGUCUGGCAGAGCUGUCGUUUAUGCUUACAACUGGGGCCAAAAUUAUUCCUGUAUUCUACCAUCUAGAGCCUUAUGAUGUCAGAUAUGCAGCUGAAGAUAAGGGAAUCUAUGUUGCUGCUUUUGCGGAGCAUGUAAGGAAGGGUAGAUACAGCCCAGAAAAGCUUCAAGAGUGGAGAACGGCACUCAAGAAUGCCUCAUUUUACGAUGGCGAGAUCAUUAAAAAUGAUGAUGAUGAAAUGAGGUUGCUCAAGAAAAUUGUGAAUAUUGCAUUGAAAGCAACAAACAAUGUGCCACUAGUGGUUGCAAACCAUCCAGUCGGUCUUGAAAAAAUAGUACAAGACUUUGAGAUGAAUACACUUUCCUAUGUUCAUGGUGAUCGGGCUGCACGUAUUGUGGGAAUUUGGGGCAUGGGUGGCUCCGGCAAAACCACACUUGCUAAAUAUUUAUACAACAAAAAGUCCUCAUUCAUGAAGAGGUCCAGUUUUAUUUUUGAUGUUAGAGAUGGUGCAACCAAAGGCAUGUUGCAGAACAUGCAGAUUCAACUUCUCAAAGAUCUUGGCGUCCAAAAUCCAACGGUUGAUAAUAUAGAACAUGGUAGGCCAAUUCUUACAAGGCAUUUGAAAUCUGACAAGAUGCUCAUCGUUCUGGACGAUGUGGAUCAUGUGGACCAGCUGGAUGCUUUGUUGCCCGUAAAAGACAGCCUUGGAGAGGGAAGCCUUAUCAUUGUUACAACACGAGAAAAUGAAGUCCUCAAGGAUAUAUCCUCCGUACAUGAAAUGAAAGCACUUGAUCCAUAUUAUGCAAAGCAGCUUUUCUGUCAGCAUGCUUUUUCACAACCCAUUCCUUUGAAUGGAUUUGACAAGCUUGUCGAAGGGUUCUUAAAGUUUUGCAAUGGAUUGCCCCUAUCUCUUAAGGUAAUUGCAGGACAGUUAUAUAAAGAGUUGUCCGAAGAAUAUUGGGAGUCUCUAUUGGAUAAGAUAUCAAGAAUAUUGCCCAGUGAUAUUACAAAGAAACUCAGAGUAAGUUAUGAUGCCCUUGAUGAUGAAGAGAAAGAGAUGUUUCUUGACACUGCUUGUUUCUUUAUUGGAGAGGAGAAGAGUAUGGCAAUUGAAAUAUGGAACGGAUCAGGGUGGAGUGGUCUGUACAGUUGGCAAAAGCUCUUCAAUAAAUGUUUAGUUGAACUUGAUGAAAAUAAUCGAAUAAAAAUGCAUGACCAUUUAAGAGAUUUAGGAAGAGAAAUUGCAAAUCAGCAUUCUCCUCGCAGACUUUGGUUACCCCAACAGAUCACUAAUGUUAAGAAACAGACAGAGGGAAAAACUGGCAUUCGAGGAAUAAAGGCUGUCUCAAACAGUGUGAUAACUUGGAUGCAGAGUUCUUGGAAUUCAAAGCAUGUGAAGUCCUAUCCAAGAAUUUAUAAUAGCGUCAGUUUGGACGAGGAAGGAAAUUGGUCAGUUGCACCCUCUUUACUUGGAGCGAAGAUUUUUGUGAUUAGAGCAGAUUAUUUUAAUAAAGCAAUCUAUGAAGCAUCAGCAGAGCUAGUCUGGGUUCGCUGGAUUGAAAUUGGGGAGAGAAAUCUCCCCUCGCGGUUUUCAUUGAAAAAUUUGAGGGUUUUAGAACUCUAUGAAGUAGAAUAUGAAGGGGAACAUCACUUAGAAGAGCUGUGGGAGGCUGACAGCGAUGCUCCUGUGCAGCUGAGAGAGUUAGUCAUUUCAGGAUGCCUCUGUUUCCGAAGAUUUCCAAGCUCAAUAGGACGUCUCGAUCUUUUAAAAAAAAUAGUACUCACACCAGGGAACAAUUUAAAGAGCCUACCAGAAGAAUUUGGCCGUCUGCGAUCGUUGGAGCACUUACAAUUAUAUGGCCCUAAUGAGCUAUCAUCACUACCCACCAGUUUUGGCAACUUGAGAAAUUUGCGGUUUCUGGAUUUGAGCGAGUGCAUGAAAUUGAGGAUGUUGCCAGUUUCUUUUAAGAAGCUGACACUCUUGCAAUAUCUCUAUUUAGUGUCCUGUAGACAGCUCAUACUUAGGUCAGACGAUUUCCAAAACAUGACAAAGCUGGAGUAUGUAGAUCUCAGUCUGUGUGAGCAAUUGGAAGAGUUGCCUCGAGAUAUCACAAAUCAGGCGUCCUUGAGAGAGCUCAUUUUGCUGGGGACAAACAGGUUAAGGGAGCUGCCAAUUAACAUCGGUCAAUUAAGCAGGCUACAGGAGAUGAGCAUAGGGGGUCACUUGUUGACAAGCUUGCCGACCUCUGUGGAGCGUCUCAAUCUCUUAGAGAAUUUAAGAAUAGAGGAUUGCCCAAUCAAAUGUUUACCUUGUGGAUUUUGUAACCUUAAGGAGAUAGUUAUACAAUGUACAAGAGUGUGCAGGAUUUCAUUUGCUAAGGACUGUUAUCCCCGCCUGGAGAGUCUCCGUCUUGUGAAUAAUAAUUCUUUAACGGAGAUCGAAGCACUGCCGACGACAGUGAAGUCCAUAAAUUUGAAUGACUGUAAAAUGCUGAAGAAGAUAAGGGCUCCUUGUGAUCUGGAAAACCUUGAAAUCCUGUACAUAGAGACGUGUCCAGAGUUGGAAGAGCUUCCUAGCUUUGCACGUUCAACUUCUCUCAUACAAUUUGUACUAUGGGGUUGCUACCGAGGUCAGAAAAUUGAAGGUUUGGAAAACUGCACGAGAUUGGAUUGCUUGGUGGUAGAGACUUGCUGGGAGGUGCCCGGUAUACAAAGUUUGGAGCGCGUGGAGAAAUUGAGUUAUGUGAGACUCAGAGCAAACAAGGGAUCUGCUAUUGAACGUUGCAUCCGAACAAUUAAGAUAUGGCCAGCUGAAAUAUCAGUAUGUGCUUGCGCAGUCUCUGAAGCGUCCUCACUUUUAGACUCCUUGCUCUCUCCGGAUAUGGUCGUUGACUCCUUCUCUAACCGCAAAGUUUGGUCCAAGCCAAAGUUGAAGAUGCCUUACUCCAACGGCGAUGAACUCUUUUUGCUCUGUUUCGUUAUAAAUUGUGUUACUCCGCAAAACACACUUUUCAUUGACUCUAACCAAUAUAAUGAUGUUCUAUCAGAUCUUGAAGAGGGUAGAUGGGCAUGGGUUGGUUGGAUCACAAUAGACGACCAAGAGGACUUUGAAGAGGAGUGGGUCUUACGCUCAAGCGUAGGGGACAAAUCGGAGAACGAAGUGGAGAGAGGUUUGGUUGUGAGAGGGGAAAAGCAAAGAGUGGUGGAGGCAUUUCACAGCUUGUGGCCGCUUUUCCAAAGCCGAUAAAUCACAAGUGUCCAAUUAAAAUACUCCGGUGGAGUAGUUCUAAUUCAUUAAUCACACAAAACUCAAUUACUUUCGGUGCUUGGGUUUGCCAAACUUUUAAAAUAUAAAUAAAUAAUUUAUUAAAUAUUC